AUGCUCCUUGCCAAGUCCCUAGCAACCCAGUCCCUGCGGCUUCAAGCCUCCAUUACGGCCAAGAAAGCUUUUCCUGUACAUUUGCUUUCUACGGUGCGUGAGACUAUUCCAUCGCGCCCUUCGCACAAGCAAGUGGUAGCUGAGGUAGCUGCGACGACCGAGAAGUGGCUUGAGACCGUGACGGGACAGAAGCCUACUAGCCCCGCUGAAACAGCUGCUCUCUAUGCAAAGGAUGGUGUGCUGUGGGCGACCGUUUCUACGGAGCUUCGCGUCAACCCAAAAGAGAUCCGUGAUUAUUUCGAUGUCUUUGCACGCUUGCCCAACUUGAAAGUGUCGGACUACAAGCCCUACAUUCGUGUGUAUGGGGAUAUCGCGCUUAACGAUGGCUAUUAUACUGUGACGUUUGACUCUCCAGAGGGUAAAAAGGUCACUAAAGCCCGUUAUGUCUUUGUGUACAAACGUGAUGAGGCCUCGGGAGCUUGGGAGAUCAUCGACCAUCAUUCGUCUGCCAUGCCCGUGGCACCCGCUGGGCUCAAGAAAGCCACCACUGUAGCCCCGCCCAGCUAA